UGGUCGUGCCAGGCACCGCAGAGAUGUUGCCUAAAGUUCUACUGAUGCUCCUCAACAUGUUCCUGGCCCUCCAGUGGAGGGUUGGACCUCAUAUUAAACUGGAGAAUGAACCCCCUGACCAAGAUAAGGUAGUCUUCGGCCCUCAGCCUCAGCCUGUACCACAGCCUCUGACUUGGCCUGAAUCUCCUGAUGGAGAUGAUGUUGUCUUCGGCCCUGAGCCCCAGCCCCAGCCAGAAUCCCCUGGCCAUGAUGAUGUAGACUUUAGCUCCCAGCCCCAGCCUCUGCCUGAGCCCCAGCCUCUGCCUGAGCCCCAGCCUCAACCAGAGCCUGAGCCGCAGCCGCAGCCGCAGCCACAGCCGCAGCCACAGCCGCAGCCGCAGCCCCUGGCUGGGCGCCAGCCUCUGCCCCAGCCCCUACCUUGGCCCCUGCCACUGCCCCAGCCGGAGCCAGAGCCCCAGCCCCAACCUGAACCCCAGCCUGAGCCCCAGCCAGAACCCCAGCCACAGCCUCAACCUCAGCCUCUGGCUGGGCGCCAGCCUCUGCCCCAGCCUCUGCCUUGGCCCCUGCCACUGCCCCUGCCCGAGCCCCAACCUGAGCCUCAGCCUGAUCCACAACCUGAGCCUCAGCCGGAACCCCAACCUGAACCCCAGCCGGAGCCCCAACCUGAACCCCAGCCUCAGCCCCAGAACCCAGACCAGGUCCAGGCUGGUCGCCAACCCCGGCCCAGACCUCAGCCUGAUCCUCAGCCUGAGCCCCAACCUGAGCCUCAGCCUGAGCCCCAGCCUGAGCCCCAGCCUGAUCCCCAGCCUGAGCCUCAGCCAGAACCUGAGCCGGAACCGCAGCCUCAGCCGGAGCCCCAGCCAGAGCCUGAGCCUGAGCCUGAGCCUGAGCCUGAGCCUGAGCCUGAGCCUGAGCCUGAGCCUGAGCCCCAGCCUGAACCCAAGCCGGAACCCCAGCCGGAGCCAGAGCCUCAGCCAGAGCCCCAGCCUGAGCCCGAGCCUGAGCCCGAGCCCGAGCCCGAGCCCGAGCCUGAGCCUGAGCCUGAGCCUGAGCCCGAGCCCGAGCCCGAGCCUGAGCCUGAGCCCGAGCCCCAGCCUGAGCCUGAGCCCGAGCCCCAGCCUGAGCCGGAGCCAGAGCCAGAGCCCGAGCCCGAGCCCGAUCCCCAGCCUGAGCCCGAGCCAGAGCCCGAGCCCCAGCCUGAGCCCGAGCCCGAGCCCGAGCCCGAGCCCGAGCCCGAGCCUGAGCCUGAGCCCGAGCCCCAGCCUGAGCCCCAGCCUGAGCCUGAGUCAGAGCUGGACCUGGAGCCAGAACCAGAGCCCCAGCCGGAGCCCCAGCCGGAGCCCCAGCCAGAGCCCCAGCCGGAGCCCCAGCCAGAGCCCCAGCCAGAGCCCCAGCCUGAACCUGAGCCAGAGCCAGAGCCAGAACCGGAGAUGGAACCAGAGCCCCAGUCCCAGCUGGAGCCUCAACCUACUGGAAAGAAGCUUCCAGCAAAAGAAACAGAGCUCACCGCUGAUUGCAUGACUGAAGGCCCAGGUGGGAAACUGACAAGAGCUUCUCGAAUCCUUAACACCAUCCUGAACAACUACGACCAUAAACUGAGCCCCAGCAUUGGAGAGAAGCCUACUGUGGUCAGUGUUGAAGUCUUUGUCAACAGCCUUGGGCCUAUUUCCAUCCUGGACAUGGAAUAUUCCAUUGACAUCAUCUUCUACCAAAUCUGGUAUGAUGAGCAUCUUCGUUACAAUGAUACCUUUGAGACCCUUAUUCUGCAUGGCAACGUGGUGAGCCAGUUGUGGAUCCCGGAUACCUUUUUUAGGAAUUCAAAGAGGACCCAAGAGUAUGAUAUCACCAUACCCAACCAGAUGGCUCUCAUCCACAAGGAUGGAAAGGUGUUGUACUCAGUUAGGAUGACCAUUGAUGCAAGAUGCUCACUCCACAUGCUCAAUUUUCCAAUGGAUUCUCACUCUUGCCCUCUGUCUUUCUCUAGCUUUUCCUAUGAUGACCAUGAAAUGAUCUACAAGUGGGAGAAUUUCAAGCUCGAAAUCAAUGCGAAGAACAGUUGGAAGCUAUUAGAGUUUGAUUUUACAGGAGUGAACAACAAAACUGAAAUCAUCUUCACUCCAUUUGGUGACUUCAUGGUCAUGACAUUCUUCUUCAAUGUAAGCAGGCGGUUUGGCUUCAUUGUCUUUCAAAACUAUGUCCCUUCUUCUGUCACCACAAUGCUUUCCUGGGUCUCCUUCUGGAUCAAGAUAGAAGCUGCUGCUGCCAGGGCCUCAGUAGGGGUGAGUUCUGUGCUCACCAUGGCCACGCUGGGCACCUUUUCUCGUAAGAAUUUCCCUCAUGUCUCCUAUCUCACAGCUUUGGACUUCUAUAUUGCAAUUUGUUUCGUCUUGUGCUUCUGUACUCUACUCGAGUUCGCUGUGCUCAACUUCCUGACCUACAAUAAUAUUAAACGACAGGCUUCUCCAAGGCUCUACCAACUUCCAACCAAUAGCCGUGCUAAUGCGCGUACUCGUGCUCGUGCACGAACUCGUGCUCGUGCUCGUGCCCGUGCACGCCAGCAGCAGGAAGUGUUUGUAUGUGAGAUUGUCACUUAUGAGGAAAAUGCUGAAGAGGGGUAUCCGUGGUCUCCAAGAUCAAGAAGACCUCAGUGUCCCUGGAGGCGGUGUGGCAGAAGCUAUGUGUGCUUCAGGGUUCUCAGGAAGUAUUUCUGCAUGGCUCCUGGUUGUGAGGGCAGCAACUGGCAGCAGGGUCGCAUCUGUAUCCAUGUUUAUCGCCUGGAUAACUACUCGCGAGUGCUUUUCCCCAUUACAUUCUUCUCCUUUAAUGUGCUCUACUGGCUGAUCUGCCUUAACUUGUAAGGCUCCAGCCAGUAGCUCGUGGGGCAACAACCUCAGUUCCCCACGAUCCUAAGCCCCUUUGCCAAGGGAGUUGGGAGACAAUAGCAACAGCAGCAAGCCUGAGGAGUUUGUCUCUGCUGGUCCUCCUUCUGUUGGCCCCUUCACUCAGUCUUCUCAACAGCACUUCUCAAGUAACAUUCCACCUCUCUAUUCUUCAAAGAGUAUUCAUGAUGUUCAGUGUGCCCACAUUUGAGCAGAUAAGCUAUCUCUCAGUUGUGUUUACAGCUACUGUUUUUCCCCAGGAGAACAUGGUUCCAUUUGUGGUGCUAAAGGGCCCAGCUCAGGCUCAGCCCCAGGAUUCACAGAGCAACGGUAUAGCAGAAGAAUGGUUCUCAUCCUUAAGUCUUUAAGUCAGACUAUUUGAUUUUUUCCUGCCCUCCCUCUCUUCCUCUAAACACACACACACACACACACACACACACACACUACUAUCUGUAGGAGAGGAGCCAGUAAGUGGGCCGAUUUGGGAAAGUAACCCGUCUCUGCUGCUGUGCCAUCUCCUUCUCCCUGACCCCCUCACCCCCGCUUCCAUCUGCACUACCAAUUCAGUUUCCUUCAUCUAAUGGGUAUCUAUUCUUGUGUGCAAUGUUUGUAAUUUCCCCUGCUUUGUAUGCCUCCUUCUUCCUCUUCCUUGAUCCCUGUGAUUCUUUCUGUAAUUUCCCCAGUGACUUUCCCAGCCCUGAUCCAGGUGCUAGGUGUUGUGUCUCCCAGGGGCCAAGAAACCAAGAGUACUCUGUUGAGCAGCUGUCAUUGACUACCACUGACUGCUGUUCACCCCAGGCAUAGUCUAAUAGUUUGAUUGCUUCCUUGGCCCCUGGACCUAUAAACCAGUCCACUGCCAUUCCAGUCCACUGCCAUUUCUGGGGCACUCACACAAUUUCAACCAAUUGAACUCCCUUAAAUUUGUAUAACAUUUUCCCUUUGGCAAAGUACUUUUGACAAAAACAUUUCUACUUGGAAUCUUGUAUAGCCCUGUGACAUCUUUGGACACAGGUUGUUUUAAUGCAGAUGGCAACCUUGAGACACAGAUUUCUAUGGGACUGUGGAUCAUUCUGGAAGCCAAUCUGGAGCCCCCUGUUAACUGUUAAAGUUCAUGGCAGGGCUAAGCAGCUCUGGUCACCAUGACUCAAUCUUAUUUCUCUUGCUGGCACCCCAGUGGCAAAAGACUAGAGUGACAACCCCCUGCCCCCAGCAUGGGCUUGCUCCAUAACUAGGCCUGAAGUGCUCAGAUUGUUCUACAGGUUGAACUUCUGCCUCUAGUAACCCAGUGAGAUGAAUUUGUAUAUGCCCCAAUGCUUAUAUAUGCUGAACAGAAUCAGUGUUUGUGUAUUAUGGGGAUGGGUGGGAUUGGGAAAUCCAU